AUGUCCCUGCACAACCCCCCUGCUGCCGAUUGGCUCUACCUGAACCCCUCCGCGAGCAGCUGGACCUCACCCGUUGCAGCUGACCCCGUCGAGGUCGAAUCGUUCCAUCGCCGUCUGCCCGAGUACCGUGAAACGCCGCUUGUGUCUCUGCCACACGUCGCCAGAGAGCUCGGACUGGCCCACGUGUUGAUCAAGGACGAGUCGCACCGGUUCGGCCUGCCCGCCUUUAAGAUUCUGGGUGCCGCCUGGGCCGUGUAUCGGGCCGCUGCUGCGCGCACAAAGCUGCCAUCCAGCGUGCCACUCGAAGAGCUUGGAGAUGCCGUCCGGGCCAACGGCGUUCGCUUCGUCACCUGCACAGACGGCAAUUGGGGCAGGGCAGUUGCACGCAUGGCAAGGUACCUCGGCGUGCCGGCACGCAUCUUUGUCCCUCAGAACAUGGAUCAGGCCACACGCGACAACAUCAGAAGCGAAGGUGCCGAGGUGUCUGCGGUGCAGGGCGACUACGACGCGUCGAUCAGGGCCGCGCAGGAAGAAGCGGAGAAGAGCAACGGUCUCCUAGUCAUGGACACCUCAUGGCCCGGCUACGAGACAAUUCCAACUUGGGUAAUCGAAGGCUAUUAUACAAUGCUCCGAGAAACUGACCGCCAAGUCGUUGAGCUUACAGGCCGUCAUGCGACGUGCGCGAUAGCCUCAGUUGGCGUAGGCUCCUGGGCGCAGGCGGUUACCCUGCACUACAAAAGCAAGACGCCCUCCGCUACUGUUGUAGCAACCGAACCCACCACAGCCGCGUGUCUGCAGACCAGUCUCAAAGCCGGCAAGAUCGUACCCAUCCAGACGGCAGACACGAUCAUGUGUGGCAUGAACUGCGGAACUGUCUCAUCAUUGGCGUGGCCGGUCCUCCGUAACGGGGUUGAUGCAAGUGUGAUGGUGACGGAUUUGGAAGCCCAUGAGGCAGUUCAAACUCUACGCGCGGGUGGAGUCGCCGGUGGGCCUUGCGGCGCCGCUCCCCUGGCGACCCUGCGUAAGCUGAGCGGUGACUCCACCAUCAAGAGCACACUUGGCCUGGGCUCCGGGUCUGUGCUUGUGCUUUUUUGCACCGAAGGCGCAAGGCCGUAUGAUGUCCCAGGCGAAUGA